CCUGCAGCCGUCCAAUGGUGAAGCGCGUCAAUUCACGACACGUUAUAAAGCUGCGAUGCUAUCCAGGAUUGAAGCGGUGGCUGGAUCAAUGCCUCGUGGCUUGGACAAACAUGAUCGAUAUACUGCCCGCUUAUGAAGAGAAGGCAUACAAGGCCCAGCCAUGGCACCAAGCUCCCAUUUCGGCCAGUCGUCAUACAGCCAUGAUCGGCACAACAAACGAUCAAAGUCAUCCAGACAUCCGUCAAAGCCCAGGGUCGAUCUUGUCCACCGUGAACACUCCGGUGCCGUUGACUUUUUGUUCGCGGUCAUCGAGCUGGGUGUGUCGGAUGGCUAUAUUGUGAAUCCAUUACACGAUACCUGGGGAAACCCACUGCCCCCAUCGGUGAAAGAAGAGUUUACACACAGUUGGGGGGAACCACAGGUAUAUCGCUACAAAGAUGGGGACGUCUUCGAGGCAUCAGACUAUGCUUGGCGACGUGGAGCAAACAACAAUCUUGAUGAAGAUGUCCUGGUUUACAGAUUCACGUCUGAUCGCUCAGGCUCUGAAGCAGGCCCAGUCUAUUGCGAAAGUUACGGAACAGGAUGGACUCUCUUCAACUGUGGCCCAUUCGUGCCCGCGGUCGUAGCUCACACAGACGUGACUAACUGCACAAUGGUGGAGCUAGGGAACGUUCUCGACCCAGCAUCUGAUGCUUAUUACAACGCCUGGGGGUCACUUAGACUUGAGAUAGACGGGCCGAUAACUCGCGUUGGUACGUCUGCGGACUCACCCAAGCACAUAGCCCCUCCUGCAAGCUGGAUUCCAAGCAUUGUGCCAGAGCCAUAUCGAAGCACCGAUCCUCGUAGCCCCCCUGAAGGGGGUCGUGGGCUUGGUGGCCAGUUCGGAAUCAUUAUUGGACUCAUGGCGCUCGGUCAAGCUCCAGGGCGGUUACGAGAGGCGUUUACGACUACCUGGAGGGGCUACCGUUGGCUGGCCCGACGGGACGACUUGGCUUUCACAGGCUUCCCACGCGGGGUGCUUGUUCACAUAGCGGUUGAUCCAACACGCCAAGACCCAGAGACUGCAUUUGCAGCCAUUGCGUACGCAGAAGCAUGCGAGGCUAUCAUUUUGGACAAUACAGGGGCAACGUCUCACCCUCACUCCAGACAUUCUCGACGAUGAUGGUAAUACCAGACAACGCUUGUCGCAGUUCAGCUCUUCUC